AUGAGGCUGGUCUCAGAGUUGGGCAAUGCUCUGAGGGCCCGGAGGGGCCAGCAAAAGAACCAGGCCCAGCAGCGGCCUGGGGCCAAGCGCUGGCCAGAGGGUCAGAACAAGGCCCAGCAGUUUGCUCGCAGCCUCGGCGGCCUCACCCUGGGCCUGGUUCUGGCCUGCAUUUAUGGGGCUCUGGUGCUGCUGGUGCAGGGCCACAAUGUCUGGUACUGCCUGAGCAUUACCAUCCUCCUGGGCGCGGGGCUGGGCCUGGGCAUGGCCUUCUCCAUGAAGACAAGGAUGAUUGUGCUGCUGGCACUGCCACACUUCUUCACCAAGGAGGGGAAGAUGAUGAUCAUGAUGCUGGCGCUGUGCCUGACCAUGCAAGGCCCUGGUGUCAAUCUCCUGCACAACAUCUCCCAGGUCGCCAAGGCACUGUCAUGUGGGGCUGAACUGGCCCAAAACCAGACGAUCGAGCAGCUGCAACGAGCCAAAGAGCCACUGCUGAACGUGCAGAAGAAAAUCAAGGAGAUUGGCCAGAACGCCAAGGUGGUGGGUGACCGGGUCCGUAAGUCCAUCCGCUCCAUCAUAGACUCCAUCAGACACGUUGCCCGGGCCCUGCGCAACGUUUGGGUGUGGCUGGCGAUGGCUGGUAAAGUGUGUAACCGUGAGCUGGGGACACCCCAUAGUAGCUGCUUUCGCUACAUGGACAAGGCCAAGGACAGAUGUGAGCGCUCCCUCUCCAUCUUCUACCACCUCUGCUAUAUUGUCCACACUUUCAAGGCCCUCUGCUACUUGAAAACUACUGUUCUUGCCGUGUUCUGCACCAUCCCUGGGUACAUCCAGACCUUCAUCCGGAUCAAUGCCGCAGCCCCCCUCACGGAUGCCCUGAACCGUGUCCGCGCCGAAUUUGAGUUCAACAUCUCGGUUGCGCAUCACUUCAGUGUCAACCUUAAUGCCAGCAAGAGCCUGGGGGAGGUGUCUGCUGACAUAAUGGAGGCUGUGAAGCAGCACAUGAAGCCCUACCACCGAGCCCUGGAGUUAUUCUCCUACAUCUCUUUCUUGGCCAUCUUCUACUUGUGGUACAAAGCGAUUCAGUACCGGCGCCGCUACCUGCGGGAUGACACCUUUGACAACAUUUACAUCACGCGGCGCUUCGUGGAGCUGGACAUGCAGUGUGCAGAGCAGGGCAAACCCACUGUGCUGCCACUGUCGUCAUUGGAGAGGGGCCGCUACAUCCCCCCAGGUGCGCUGUGGCUGUCACAGCAGGAGCGACGCCAGUAUGGGGUGCAGCUGUUUGGGUUCCUGCGCCAUGUGCUGCUGGGGUUCAGCAUCAUCCUGGUUGACUACAGCAUUUUCUGGCUACUUGACCUCUUCCGGCACCAGCUGAGCGCGGAUAUCAUUGCCAGGGGGCCAUCAACAAUGAGCAUCAAUGUCAACGGGACGGGCUACACCAGUGAGAUCUACCAGGAUCUUGUCUCUGCCUUCAACACGCUGCAGGAGGGCAAGGUCUCGGUGCUGUCCCAGGCCUGCCUCAUCAAGCCUGUGGAGCCCGACCACAGCACCUACAUCACCAUAGGAAUCCUGUACGGUGUCUGGCUCUUCAUCUGCGUCUUCGGUUCCUACUUGGCACGGCUGCGCCGGGCAGUGUGUGCUGCCUACUUCCCAUCCCGUGAGCAGGAACGCCUGGUCUUCCUCCACAACAUCAUCCGGGCACGGCGGGAAUGGCUGAUAUUUGCCCUGCGCCAAUCUGGCACACGGAAUUUGGCUGAUACCGGGAAAAACAGGUUCUUCCUUAUCCUGAUGUCCAGCCUGGGGACCCCCUCCCCAGAAAAUUCCACGUCCUCCCUGACAGCUCCAUUUUCCUCAGGGUUGUAUUGCAGUGAGUGCUACAGAACCCUGAACAUCUGCACCGUCUGCAUGGCCCCCCUGAGCUUCCCAGACGCUGGGGAGGAGGAGAUGGACUCCAGUGACGAGGAGACACCGGAGCUGCAGCUGGGUGCUGUACAGGAGCGACGGGGCCAGGAGCGAGGGCGGCGGCUGCUGCAGCGCAUCAAGGACAUGAUAAAGGACCGGAGACUCCCCUUCAGAAGGGCCACCCGCCUGCAAGACCAGCUGGAGGAGGAGAGCGAGGGGUUGCUCUCCGGACACGAAGUUGACUACGAGGAGCAAGCUGAGACAAGGGACAGAGAGCUGCAGGAGGUGGUGGUCUCGCAGACACCCAGCCAUGUUCCCUCUUCCUUGGAGCAUCCCACCGGCAUCAAUUCUGGGGCAGAAUCCCACCGUCCUCAGAAACCCCCCAACACAAUCCUGAAGCGAGUGGUCGCCUCGGUGCUGCCUCGCCCGUGCAGCCGGUUCCUCUGGAGCCGGCCGGACGAGUAUCGCUACAGGAAGGCCUUCCUGGGUGCCGGCUUUGGGAUGCUCCUUGGCCUCGGGCUCUGCCAUCUCCUCAUCUUGCCUCUGGACGUGUCAGAGACAAAGAGGCUGACGCUUACCUGGGGGCUGACAGGGGUGACUGCCUUGGGCUGGGCCACGUCCCCCCACUUCCGCUGUGCCAACCUGCUCAUGGUCCCCAAGUUCUUGGGAAAGGAGGGUCGGCUCUAUGUUGUCUCCUUUGUCUUCGCUGCCAUCUACAAUGGGCCCGGGGCCAACCUCUGGUACAACCUGAUGGAGACAAAGCGCUCGAUGGAUUGUGUGGUGGAGCUACAGGUGAACCACACAAAAAAUCUCUGGCAGGUAUCUACAGGCCACAUGCGCCAAGUCAUGGAAAAGCUGGUGAAGAGCGCGGAUAAGCUCAACAUGGAGAUGCAGAAUGUCUCGCGUGCCUUCGUGCAGCUGAACGAGCAGGUGGCCAGCAAGGAGGGCUACGACCUCAGGCAACACCUAAACACAGGCAUCCAGCCGGCCCUCAGCACCCAGCAGAUCUAUGAGACAAAGACCAAACUUCGUUGUCAAACUUUGAUUGAGAGGGGCCUGCAGCGUUGCACACGGCAUUUCGAGAGAAUGUACAGGAGAUGCAUGAACCAAGUGGUCGUGCCCCUUGCCAGCCACAUCAUCUGCCUGCCCAUGCAGUUUGGAUUCUUGUGCCGUUCCGUCAAACUCAUGAAACUCUGGUGUGAGAAGAGGAUCCCCGUGGAUGGGAACUUUGGUUACAUGUAUGACCGGGUGAACAGCUCCGUUAACAGCCUCAGCCAGGAAUUCAGCGCCAGAAUUGACUACCAGGUGGAGCACCAUGAGAUGCUGGUGGGCGCCGAGAUAAUGCAGCAGCUGCAGGAGGAGGUGACCUCGCAGCUGCAGCUGGAAAGCGCCCGCCUGGGCCUGGCCGUCUCCUUCUUCCGCCUGCUGCUGUCCUUCACCUUCCUCUUCGUCUUCAUCUCGGCUUUCCUGUACACUUACCGAUACUGUCACAGCAUUGUCUUUGACAACUGCUACAUCACCACCUAUUUCCGUCAAAUUGAUGCCCGGCGUAGGAAGCAGAACAAGAAGACGCUGCUGCCCCUGCUCCCGGAGGAGACCUCAUCUUUCAUCUUCCCGUGCAAGCCGGUUGUGCAGCGUCUUGAGCUGCAGCAUAUGGUGAUGGAGGUGCUCAGGUGCAUCCCACUCCUGCUCUUCCUCCUUUUCGUCUGUGGCCUGGACCACUUCAUCUUCAGCAUUCUCAGCAUCAUCCAGCAUCAUUCCUUUAUCGAGUAUUCCUACCAAACCAGCCACCACUUGUCCGUGAACGUGAUGGGCGCAUCCCUGAUGGCAGAUCUGCUGCGCUCCACCAUCGGGGCCCUCAACACCUCCUUGGACACCGAACUGGAGACCUCGAACCUCAUCUGCCUGCCACAGCCCACGGGGUUGACGAGGCAGCAGUACCUGAACACCUUCCUGCCCCUGGGCGCGCUGGUCCUGCUCUGCCUGGUCCAGGUCUACCCGUUCCGCCUGCGCCGCGCCAUCGCCUCCUUCUACUUCCCCAAGAGGGAGAAGACUCGAGUGCUGUUCCUGUACAAUAGAUUGCUGCUGCAGCGGAAGACUUUAUUGUACCUGCAGCGCGGGCGCGUGGCCCGGCAAGCACGGCAGCCACCCGGGCUGGGGACAAUGCUGCUGCAGCGCUGUCGCCAGCGCUGGCCCUGGCUGCGGCGCUGCUUGCCCCAGAGAUGCACCUUGUGUAGGACACCCGAGACUCCCCAGCACGAGCACUGCCCCAAUCCCGACUGCGUUGCCUUGUACUGCGAGCGGUGCUGGAGGGAGAUGGGGAUGAUCUGCCCCGCUUGCAGCCCCUUGGAGCCCGACCUGGUCCAGGACAGCAGCGAGGACGAGGAGGAGCAGAGAUACGCGGGCUGA